AUGAUGCCCUUACAACCUAUUUUGAUUAUUGAAUUAUUUGAUGCCUGGGGUAUUGAUUUCAUGGGUCCAUUUCCGAACUCUGAAGGUAUGUUAUACAUUCUUGUUGCUGUUGAUUAUGUCUCUAAGUGGGUAGAAGCCAUUGCCUCCAAAAAAAAUGACGAUAAAGUAGUUCUUUCUUUUCUUAAAGAAAACAUUUUCUCUCGUUUUGGAACACCUAGAGAAAUAAUCAGUGAUGGUGGUACUCAUUUUUGUAAUAGACCUUUUGAUUCAGUAAUUCGCAAAACUGCAUACAAAACUCCCAUUGUCAUGCCCCUCUAUAGACUUGUGUAUGGUAAAGCUUGUCAUCUACCUGUAGAGCUAGAACAUCGAGCAUAUUGGGCUGUUAAGAAAUUGAACUUUGAUCUUAAUAAAGCUGGCACCCAAAGGAAACUUCAACUCAAUGAGUUAGAAGAAUUAAGAAAUGAUGCAUAUGAUAGUGCCAAAAUGUACAAAAAUAGAAUGAAAGUGUUUCAUGACAAGCACAUUCUGUGCAAGUCUUUCACACCUGGUCAAAAAGUUUUAUUGUACAACACUCGUUUGCAUCUUUUUCCAGGAAAAUUACGUUCUCGAUGGUCAGGUCCAUUCUUGGUACAUAUUGUUUUCCAUUAUGGAGCCGUUGAAAUAGAAAAUCCAGAAAUUGAGACCAUGGACUUGGAAGACCCUGUUUAUGUGGACUAA